AUGAAUAUGUCACCAGAUGGAACUACGUUAGAAGUGGAUGGCCAAUAUCUUGACCAGCUUUUCGCUGUUAGGGAUAGAUUCCAUGACCGCGUUGAAGGAAAUGCUCAAAUAGACCACGAUGACGGCAGAAGCUACAACGUUCAUUUGUAUGCCAAUGUCGCGUUUCGAAUGGUCGACAACACCGAUGGAGUAUCAUGUUGCAUAUUCACUACUUUAAAAUACCGGCCAAGAGAGAGUGAAGGUCAAUUUAGUUCAUGUACAAUUUCGUCGGAAACUCCACACCAUCGCUUGAUCAGGCUUCCCAGUGCAGGUGGGGUACGAGCUGCGGUUUUAUCUGAAGAAGAAAUCCCAAUGUUCUUACUCGAGGACUUCCUUGCGCGUAGUUUUUAUGUUCGAUUUCCAUAG